UUUUUCUGUCUUAGGGCAUUGACUUGUGAAAGCUAGUAAGCUAGCUAGUAAGCAACGGGCAUCACAUGCUAGUUUGAAGUGUUUUACUUGGUCAGCCCGUGAUAUGGGUAUCCCUUGCUAAUAAAUGUACGUUAACAACCAUGCUUCCAAAGUUGUAUAUAUAUACUUUUUAAUUGUUGUAAAACUUUUUAAGGUAGAAAGAAGGGACUUCCAGCUCUGUAUCCCUCCGCCAAUACUGAGCCGCGUCGUGCUGUGCCGCCGAGGGGAAACGCAUUUUUCACAAUAAGGUGCAAUGAAGCAUCUUUAUUUAAUUUUGGGAUGGCGAGCCACAUGAUUUUUCUAGAACAACGAGCACCGGCACUGUCUAGUAUUGGGGAAACGCCACAGUUCAUCGCGAAGAACGGCCCGCUGCCGUUGGGGGAGACGUGCAGUUCAAACACAGAGGAGGAGGCAGACACGCCUCCACCUGUGAGCAGAUUCCUAAGCAGAUCACCUGAAAUCAAGCUAGAUCAAACUAUACUUCAAAAUAUCUUUUUCAGUGACAUAAGGAAAUUUUGAUAAAACAAAUAGAUAACCUGGAAAAAAAAAUUUGAGGAAUAUUUUUGAUGGGAAUCAGUGCACCCAGAAAACGAAUUGAGUUCUUUUUGGACGGCCUGGAAGCUGAAGCCACAGAGACAGACUGAAGUAUGACCACUGAGGUCAAAACAUGGAUGUGUGAGGGGGGCUUUUAUGUGUCUGCAUGUGUUCAACUGAACAGAAACUAUUUAAAUAUCAGUUGUUAGCAUUGUUGAUAUAAAAUCAGAUUUAUACAUUUAAUGUAAAUGGCAGGCAGAUUUGAUCUUUAAGUCUGUUCCUGUUUCAGAGGUGUUUAGACAUUAUUUUCAAUAUGGUUCUAUGUGUUUUCUAGCUGCCAAUAUUAUCACGGACAUGCUUCCCAGUCUUUCUGAAGAGGACUUGCUUGAUCUCUUUCCUGGGCCAGAGCCCUUUUUCAGAAGGAGAGCCAUUUGGAGAAUUGCACAUGUUGAAAAUGAGGGUGAAGAGUCAGACCAGGUUCAACCAGGCACCUCCUCUGGACUUUGCCAUGCCAGCACUAUUUCAUCUGGAACAAACCCUGUUUCAAGCCUGUCUUCAUCCUCCAUCAUUAACCCAUCUUCAAACCCAAGAGACCAACAUGGCACCAGCAGAACUGUACAGCUUGAAUCUGUCAAGAAGCAGCUUUUGAAAAGGGUCCAGAAUGUGAAUCCUACCAAAAAGAAGCAGGGAGCAACUCCAUUAAGAAAGAGGCGCCGGGACAUACGUCUUGGUAGCAGCAGCAGUCAGGAGACAUUUGCUGAUGACACAGAGUCAAGUGGCUCUACUUUGAUCUUGGAAAGAUCACCCCCAGAAUCAAAAAGCAGUCCAGAGGCUACGGAGAUGGCUGAAACACAGAUUUGUAAUUUCAUUGCAUCAGAAGAGUGUGAAACACCUGACAGCCGACAGAACCAGGCAAGACAUCACAAAGUUCUGCAGGAGCUUUACAAGUCUAGGCCCACACCCAACAAAAAGGAUGUAGCCCAGCUGCUGGACCUUGAAUACCAAUCGAGACGGGUUUACAUUGACCCUGAUGUUAUGAAGGAAAAAGACAGAACCACCAAAAUUCUUCAGGCAUAUCACUGCUUCAGAGAUCUAGAUCAUAUGUGCAUCGGAUCCUCAAUCAAGGAAAGCCCCCCAUCAUUCCUGAACUCAAGAAUCGCUGCAAAAGUUUUCAAAAAAAUGAUGAGGCAUCCAAAGGGACAUAAAGUAAAGCAAACGAUUGCCUUGAUGAAGGCUUUGCCAGACAUGUUCCCAUCACCUGUCGCUUCACCCAAGAAGUUAGAACAUUCGAGUGAGGUGAUGCUUCACAUCCUUGAGUCUGCAGAACAGCCCAACACCUUUCUUCAAUCAAGACCUCUCCUGAGUCCCGUGGUGAUAGUCUGAAACAAACUGCAUAGUAGCCAUUGGAACCAUGCCUGUGCUGAUCUUCCCAAAGGAGGACAUAUCUGAUAGCGUGAUGUAUAUCAUGGCAUGUUACUACACCUUUCAUCUGACGUAUUC